CCCCGGUGUUUAUUGCUGCUACCUUCAUGGAGCAAGGAGGCAUUCCACCAUCAACCAAUCCUGCAACGCUUUUAAAAGAAGCAAUCCAUGUAAUUAGUUGUGGAUACGAGGAUGAGACUGAAUGGGGCAAGGAGAUUGGAUGGAUUUAUGGUUCUGUUACAUAAGAUAUUUUGACUGGUUUUAAGAUGCAUGCCCGUGGGUGGAUAUCAAUCUAUUGCAUGCCUCCUCGUCCAGCAUUUAAGGGAUCUGCUCCUAUCAAUCUUUCCGAUCGUUUGAACCAAGUUCUUCGAUGGGCCUUGGGUUCUAUUGAGAUUGUGCUGAGCAGGGAUUGCCCCAUCUGGUAUGGUUACAAAGGAAGAUUGAGGCUUCUGGAGAGACUGGCAUACAUUAACACUAUUGUUUACCCCCUUACCUCUAUUCCUUUGCUUGCUUAUUGUAUGCUUCCAGCCGUUUGCCUUCUGACCGGAAAAUUUAUCAUUCCCGAGAUAAGCAACUAUGCUAGCAUGUGGUUCAUUCUCCUUUUCGUCUCCAUUUUUGCCACUGGAAUACUUGAGCAUAGAUGGAGUGGUGUCAGUAUUGAAGACUGGUGGAGAAAUGAACCGUUCUGGACAUCAGCUCAUCUCUUUGCUGUUUUCCAGGGUCUUCUGAAAGUUCUUGCUGGAAUAGAUACCAACUUUACUGUCACCUCAAAGGCAUCCGACGAUGAUGGCGAGUUUGCAGAGCUUUAUGUUUUCAAAUGGACAUCACUUCUCAUUCCUCCAACCACAGUACUUAUUAUCAACCUGGUGGGCAUCGUGCCCGGCGUAUCGUAUGCCAUAAACAGCGGUUACCAAUCCUGGGGUCCGCUUUUCGGCAAGCUUUUCUUCGCCAUCUGGGUGAUUGCCCAUUUGUAUCCUUUCUUGAAAGGUCUGUUGGGUCGUCAGAACCGCACCCCUACGAUCGUCAUCGUGUGGUCUAAUUCUUCUCGCUUCUAUCUUCUCGUUGCUGUGGGUGCGUAUCGACCCCUUCACAUCGUAUGCUACAAAAGCCGCUGCGAACGGUCAGUGUGGCAUCAACUGUUAGUUCCGUUUUCGGAUAAUUUUAUUCCUGUAAAUGCUCUCUCCCCUUCAUGUUGGCUAUUGUGUGUAUAUAACCAAAGAGAGAGAGAGAGAGAGAGAUGUUACAAACCAUAAAUCCCAGAUGGAGAGACCUAAGACCAAGUACCCUUAGAUAUCUUUUUCUUCACUUCCAUUCUUCUACAAAGUAUAUUAUAAGUGAUGAAGUUUGAUCAUGAUGUUGUGUAAUUUUAAAUGUUCUUUGCAUUGUUUUGGAUUAUGUAGAUAUUUUUAUUCAUCCAAUGCUAUGAA